AUGCCAGUCUUCUCAUUCAUCCCAUCAGUUAUGGCUUCAUUUGGGAUGUUGUGGGUGCUCCUAUGUCUAGCUGCGCUUACAGGAGCAAUACCGGUCGUUUACUUUCCCUUCAACUCUCAGCUUCCACCUGCAACGAGGAUAUCUGAGCCGUUUUCUUACACUCUUUCGCCGCAAACUUUUGCAUCGCAGUCACGAAUUUCGUAUAGCUUAAAAGACGCGCCAAAAUGGCUCUCUAUCGAUUCCAGCACGGGACGUCUUUCCGGAACGCCUCAAGACGCCGAUGUGGCCCCCGGCCAAGUAGUCGGAAUACCGGUGGACAUCAUUGCGACCGACGACUCUGGUUCGACAACAAUGACAGCCACGUUGGUAGUGACUAGAAACCCGGCGCCAAAGGUCCAAAUACCAUUAUCAGAGCAAAUUCGACAAAUAGGCGAAGUAUCUUCGCCAUCUGCUGUUGUAGCCUAUCCCGCGUCUGAUUUCUCCUUCUCUUUCGCCAAGGACACAUUUUCUUAUACUGGAGACGGUAUCAACUACUAUGCCACCUCAGCAGACAAUAGCCCUUUGCCUUCCUGGAUCAAAUUUGACGCCGGAAACCUCACAUUCACCGGAACAACUCCACCUUUUGAGUCUUUGGUUCAGCCUCCUCAAAAAUUCGAUUUUAAUUUGGUUGGGUCCGACAUCAUAGGUUUUUCGGCUGCUUCACUUUUGUUUUCCAUUGUUGUCGGCGCCCAUAGAUUGACAACAGAUACGCCAGUCAUCGAAAUCAACGCAACGCACGGGUCAAAGGUGCUCUACGAGAAGCUGGCAGACAGCAUUAAACUGGACGGGAAACCGGUUGUACCGACUGAGCUGAACAUUUCCACUUCUGAACUACCGAGCUGGCUCUCGGUCGAUAAUACGACACUUGUGGUUGAGGGUACACCUCCUGAUGACGCUCGAUCAUCAAACUCUACCAUUACGUUCCGAGACAUAUACGCCGACACUCUUGAUAUUCUCUUAUCCGUUUCAGUUGCGACGCGCAUUUUCCGAGAAACCAAGCUUCAAUUCGAAGUUACACCAGGCAAGGAUUUCUCGUUCAACGUCAAUCCUUACCUUUGGACCCCAUCAGACAUAGAUCUUGAGCUAAGCAACUCUCAAGACUGGGUCAAGAUAGAUGGGCUCACUAUUUCAGGGACUGUUCCCAGAUCUGCAUUAGCCCAGAACACCAAACUUCUUGUCAAGGCAACCUCGAAGAGCUCUGGACAAUCUGAGACAGUUGCUGCAGACUUCAGGAUUUUGUCGGUUGUUGCAACCACUCCAGCAGACCCGACUCCGUCUGCCAGUCCAACGAAGUCGGCAGUGAGCGGCAAUUCAAGAAAGGGAUUGAAUUCUGGGCUUAUUGCGCUGGCAGUACUCUUACCCCUGCUCUUCUUAUUCACCAUGGUGCUUCUGAUCAUCUAUUGCCGACGGAGAAAGCAACGGCUCUCUAUAUCCCUACACGAACAGAAGAAACGAGAGAUAUCGGAGCCCAUACCUGGUACCUUUGUUUGGAACGGCAGUAGGCAUAGUAGAGACACAUCCGACCAUUCCAUCGUUGAGAUCAUCAAGCCCGAGAAGAACCGACGUAGUCGAGGAUAUUGGAACUCUGCCAUAGCGAGGACAAGGCAAUCGAGGACACUUUCAACCAUUACUGGCUCCCGCAUUUCCCAGUCAAUCCAUCGCACUUCAUCCCUUUGGCGCAGAUCUCGGAGCGACAGAAGCAUGCAAACUCCUCCUUUUGGUUCAUCUUGGCUCAGUGAUGGCGUCUAUUUCCAACCACAACAUGCGAACCACCCUUUGGCGACCACUUAUGAUAGGCCGGAUGAUGUGCCUUUUGCGUCUUCCGACUUCCAACGGCAUCAGCAAGAGGAGUCAUACCGAAAUGUACUGGAUGUCAGCAUCCCCUCCAUGGAGGAUGAAGCAAGCAGCAUUCAGGCAACGCCUGAUUUGGCCUACACAAACCCAUGGCGGGACCCCUCCAGACUGGCUCUCGACCGGUCCAUGCCAACAUCCGGCGGCAUAUCUCAUUCUGAUAGUCUGGCUUCUAUCCCUGAACAGCCAACACCAUUGGGAUCGAAUCCCACACAUGGAAACCGUUUGUCGCCUGCUCAGAGGACUAGACAGACGUUCAAUAUGGCGAGUGACCCUAGGUCACAGAACAGUCUUCGCAGCUCGCGGUCAGGAUCAGGGAGAGGCAGGUUUGGGCGGCAAGAUUCGCAGCUGGGGUCGUGGUCGGGAUCGGUGGCUCGCCCCAUCAGUAGGAAAUCCGAUUCCAGCCCGUUUUUUGCAGGGCGCUCGGUCAUGCCGUCUCGCAGUCGGUACCACCUGGACAGCGAUUCAGACUCGCUGGAGUCGAACAAGGGGACGGAGAAUUGGCGGACAAUCCCGAGAGAUUCCCUUGGUAUUGCUUACACUGAGUUGUCUCAAAAUUCACCGUACUUAAAGCGCACAUCAUCGUCACUCUCUCCUCGGCCUCUCAGUAUAAUAAAAAAGGACUCCUCCAGCGGGCCAGGAUACUCCAGGGAGGGCCGGUCUGCAAACCAGGCACCCUUAUCGCAGGGAAUGUCAUUUGGUUCCAAUGCCAAGUCAACAGACCACUGGAGCAGGAACUCUUCGGCCGACAAGGGCAUUACGGGCAGCCGUUCUGGCUACGCACCUUCACAGGCGAGCAGCGGAGUGCUGGGUAAAGGGAAAGCGCUUGCCCGAUAUUCCCCAGGCCAUGAGUCGGACAACUCUGACUGGGUAACUGAGGCGGGGACUGUGGGGAAGAAGGGACCUCGGAGUCGACUGGACAGCAGCGAGGACUUUCGUGUAUUCAUGUGA